CUGAAUUAAAACAUCUGUGGUACGUCCUCUCCGGUACUUUUCCGCUUCACCUCAGCAGUAGCCCAAUGUCGCUCUCCUCUUUGCUAAAAUAACUUCUUCUUUCCUGGUUAUGUUUUCUCCCAGACACGCUUUCAGAAAGACCAAAGCUACGAUUUGUUACUAAACUGCUCUGGAACAAGGUCGUUUUUCUUUGGAUGGAUAAUUUUUCAAUCGAUGGUGAAGGAGCUGAAGUCAAGCUGGUUGUGAAGGUGCUGGACUUGUUCCCCCCCUAAGCCCCAAGCCAGACACAGCAUGGCGGCAGGAGUAGCGGCAUGGCUCCUUUGCCAGGCGGCAGCGAUCGGCUGGAUCUGUUGCAAUUUGCCCAUGCCAGUCGCACCCGCCGAGAAGAACAGGCGGCAGGAUGAGCUCAUCAUUCUGAAUGUCAGUGGACGCCGCUUUGAGACUUGGAAGAACACGCUGGACCGCUAUCCAGACACCCUUCUGGGGAGCUCGGAGAAGGAGUUCUUCUACAACGAGGAGACCAAAGAGUACUUCUUCGACCGGGACCCUGAUGUGUUUCGCAGCGUGCUCAACUUCUACCGCACAGGCAAGCUCCACUAUCCACGCUACGAGUGCAUAUGCUCCUAUGAUGAGGAGCUGGCUUUCUUUGGCAUCAUCUCAGAGAUCAUCGGUGACUGCUGCUACGAAGAGUACAAGGAUAGGAAAAGGGAGAAUGCAGAACGUCUCUUGGAUGACCAGGAGGACAAGAAGGACGCUAAACUGCCCAACAUGACCUUCAGGGAGACCAUGUGGAGGGCUUUUGAGAACCCACACACCUCUACCAUGGCUCUGGUCUUCUACUACGUCACUGGCUUCUUCAUUGCUAUUUCCGUCAUUACCAACGUGGUAGAGACGGUGCCCUGCGGUACGGUGCCCAACCAGAAGGAAGUGCCGUGUGGUGAGCGCUACACUGUGGCCUUUUUCUGCAUGGACACGGCCUGCGUCAUGAUCUUUACCGUGGAGUACCUGAUGCGCUUGUUUGCUGCUCCGAGUCGCUACCGCUUCAUGAGGUCAGUCAUGAGCAUCAUCGAUGUGGUGGCCAUCUUGCCCUACUACAUUGGCCUGGUGAUGACUGACAAUGAGGACGUGAGUGGUGCUUUCGUGACUCUCCGUGUUUUCCGCGUGUUCCGCAUCUUUAAGUUCUCCCGUCACUCGCAGGGCCUGCGCAUCCUGGGCUACACUUUGAAGAGCUGUGCCUCGGAGCUGGGCUUCCUGCUUUUCUCCCUCACUAUGGCGAUAAUUAUCUUUGCUACCGUCAUGUUCUACGCAGAGAAGGGUUCAAGCUCCAGCAAAUUCACCAGCAUCCCAGCCUCCUUCUGGUACACCAUCGUUACUAUGACAACACUCGGGUAUGGAGACAUGGUUCCUAAGACGAUUGCAGGGAAGAUCUUUGGCUCGAUCUGCUCGCUGAGUGGGGUGCUGGUAAUUGCGCUGCCCGUCCCUGUCAUCGUGUCCAACUUCAGCCGCAUUUAUCACCAGAACCAGAGACAAGACAAGCGACGGGCGCAGAAAGUCCAGAAAGCACGUUUGGCGAGGAUACGAAUAGCCAAGACAGGAACCUCCAAUGCCUUCCUCCAUAGCAAACGCAAUGGCCUGUUCAACGAAGCUCUGGAGUUCACGCAACUUCCAUACAAGAUGAACCUUUCAGAACAGAGUUCCACUGAGGAGGAGCAGCAGUUAACCAAGUCCACCUCUCUACUAGAGAGCCAGCACCACCACCUGCUGCACUGUCUGGAGAAAACCACCAAUCAUGAGUUUGUGGACGAGCAGUAUUACCAGCAGAGCUACCUGGAGGCGGGGCUUCAGAACUACCCUUCUCGAAGCCCCUCCCUCUCCAGCCAAGAUGGCGUGACGGGCACCUGCUGCAGCCGCCGAAGCAAGAAGCACCACACCCCUUUACAGAACGCCAGUACCCCUGCGCUCAUGCAGCCUCUGACACACAAACACACACAUCAACAAGGCCUGCAGGAGCUCAGCACCAUCCACAUCCGGCCCCUCAGCACCAGCCGCUCCAGUCUGAACAUGCGAGUAGACGAGCCAGCCUCCCUGAACUGCCAGAGCAACCAGAUCACCACAGCCAUAAUCAGCAUUCCCACACCGCCAGUGACGACUCCUGAUGGCGAUCUGACCCACCAGAACGUUGUGAAGGUGUCCACACUGUGAAGACUAGAGUGCAGGAGC